AUGAGUGUAUUUCGGUUUCCAAAGAUGUUACUUAAAGAGAUUGAAACUAUGAUUGCUAAAUUAUGGUGGAGCCAUAAAAAGGGUGGUAAAGGAAUUAAUUGGAAGUGUUGGAACAGUCUUGGCACAGAAAAAAGCAUGGGAGGGUUAGGAUUUCAUAACCUAAUCUGUUUUAACAGAGCUUUACUUGCUAAACAAGAGUGGAGAAUCAUUCAAGAGCCUUCUUCAUUGAUGGCUCAAAUUUAUAAAGAGAAGUACUUUCCAACAGGCCACUAUGUGGAUGCAAAACUAGGCUACUGUCCAUCUCAAAUUUGGAGGAGCAUUUGGCCUGUUAUGGAUUUGGUUAAGGUUGAGUUUGUUUGGAGAGUUGGUAAUGGAAAGAGUGUUAAAGUAUGGAAAGAUAAAUGGGUGCCAAUCCCUUCCACCUUUCAGAUUCAAUCACCUAUUACCAUUUUGGAGCCAAAUGCAACAGGGGAUGUUCUGAUAGAUGAGGAGAGUAAGACUUGGAGAAAAGAGCAUGUUCAUGAUGUUUUUAGACAAGAGGAGGCCCACUGUAUUUGCAGCAUUCCUAUCAGGGAUAGGGGAUGGAUGAUAAAAUUAUUUGGGGUUUAUCUGACAAGGGGAUCUUUUCUAUGA